UUGGAGAGGAGAAAAGAGCCAGGGAGAAAGAGUAGCUGGAGAUUGUGAAUCUGGAACACAGUUGAGCAGAUUUGGAAGACAGCGGAGAGGAUAAAAGAGUUUAGGAUGGGAACUGGGUGGAGACAGUGGGAGAAGGGGCCUGGAGACUUGGCAGUGGGUGGGAAGUCAAGCCUUUUGGUAAAGUGAUCUCUGAGAGAAGGAAGUAGGAAGAUAGAAGACGGCAUUGGUUCACGUAGGCCCUGUAUGAUCAGGGGAGGCCACUCAGGCUGGCUCAUAGUGAGGCAUUUCACAGUAGGGAUGUCAUUAGAGGUUGCUGUCCCCAGUGAAGUGUUUUGCCCUGCAUUUCUCUGCUCUCUUUCCAACUCUGUUCCUUAUCCUGGUCUGCCAACCUCACUCCCCUGGCUCCCCAUGAAAGCUGCCAGCUGGGUGUGACAAGGAAGAAAGGCCAAAGGGAAGGUUCUGUAUUUAGGGGACUGCAAGGCAGGGGGGAGAUUCUGUGGGUGGGCAAGAUUUAAGAGGUUGAAGAGGCAGGAGUUCAAGCUCUUGCUGUGUGUGCGUGUGAGGGCAAUUGUGUGUGUAUAUAGGGUGUGUACAUGUGUGGGUGUUUGCACAAUGCCUGUGUUACGGGUCUGUGUAGGUGGCUGUUAUGUGUGUGCAUGCCUGUAUACGUCGUGCCAGGGAUGGGACAUGGAGACCCAGGAUCACAAUGUACAAGAAUCACGUUUGCUGUGUGCACGUACACGGAUGUGUGCUAUGCUUUCUAUACAUGUCAUUGCAUGCAGUACUGACACCAAAAUGAACUGGAUUUCUGUCUCUCUGCCCCUUUUCCUGUGUGUUUCUGCUGCUCUGACUCUUGUGGCAGUGAGCCUUUGUAAGCAUAUGUGUAUGUAUCCUCUGUGUACCUGUGACUUAGGUGUGAGUUCAUGUAUCUUAGUUCCUGGUCGUAUGUGGAAGGUUAUAUUACUUCUAAGAACCAAGCGAACCAAUUAGCAAGUGACUUUCUUUCUAUUAAUUCUUUAGUUCCAAAGCAAAACUUGGGUGGAUUUAAAGUUAGACUUUAUGCCUUUAUUAGAGGAGCUUUCUUCUGAAAAUAAUGGCUGAGCUAGGUUCCCUGGAAUGAGAGUGAGACAGCAUACCUGAGAAGUGCAGAGGCUAGGACAAAGAUAUUCUGGGCCUUUAUGUGCAUUGUUGAGUGCAUAACAGGAGGAUAAUUAACACAGUUACUCCUUGUUUCUUCUUUAUCCUGGUAGCAAUCAUGGAUGCCUAUUUGAAAUCAGGGAAGGGCGGGGGCAGAGGGGAGAGGAAGGGGCUGUCCUGAGACAGAGUGGCUGUAGUUGUACUUUCCAUGUGAAUGAAAGAUGUUGGUGCUUGUGAGAUUCAGAGACAGCUUGAUGUGGCCGAGAGCAUGGUGUGCUCGAGCAUGUAUCAUGAUCAUGUGUGCAUCUCGGGGUUAGAUGUCCAUUUCUGUAAUGUGCUGCCUACCUGAUUGCCCGAAGCACUCGGGCCAUGCGUCGAUCAGCAGCACCCUGUGCCCACAGUUGUCUCUACACCUUCUAAGCACCUAGAUCUCUAUUUAGUUUUGCAUCGUGGUUCCCAUAUCUAUGUACCCACACAGCUCAAUACAUGUUUCUGUGCUUUACACUUGUAUUCCUGAGGGACUGACUAGGACUCCUAUUUUAUGGGAUCCACAUUUUUGUGUGCAGACCCUCUAACACUUGGGUAGGCAAAGGGAACCUGGGGACUGAUUCUAGGGCAAUUUGCAAGUCUGGAAGCAGACGUGAAAUAGUAGCUAUGGCCCUCCCUUGCUUUGGAAUCUAGAGGGUUAACUGGCAGCCCUUCCGGUCCAACCCCCUCCAGCCUGUAGCUUCUUGUUGCCCUGGAGAUGGUAGCCCCGCCCCUGAUGCAGUACCUGCCCCCCCAUUGGCUGCAGUGGUGACUGUGGGACUGAGGGGGGAGCCCAGGCCUGGGCAGCCAUUCUGGAGCAGGAGCCGGAGCUUGGCAUCCCUCACUUUCAUUCUCCUCUAGCCCCUCGCCCCCCUAAAUUCCCUGAGAGCAGAGCCUCUGCUUCCCUCCUUUGAGCUGCCACCCCUCUAGACUCUUGGCAGUCCUAAGCUUCAUCCGCAUUCACCUCCCCUCCUCCUCUUCUCCCAGCCCUCACUUGGGAGUGCCCCAACCCCCACUGCCCAUUUUCCCCACUCCCCUGCAUCUUAAUCUUUUCCCUUUCACUCCUUCCCUUCUGAGUCCCUGCCACUGCAGUGCAAGUGGAACCAGCCUCCAUCUCCCCUCCCCCCUACCUGGCCCUUCCUUUAAUUUUCUGUCCUCAGGCUUCUUCCCUCACCCGUCUCAUCCAAGACUUCCCCCUCCAGUCCAGGGAGGGGGUCAUGGGAGGCAGCCCUGGCCCUCCAGACAGACGGGGAUUCCAGGAGGGGGGCAGGUACAAGAUGUGCCCAGCUGAGGGAAGAGGAAAGCUUACCUAUGGGCAAUGACCUUAACCCAACACCCCCCCACCAGCUAGCCUCUUCCUGGGGGGGGUGGGCACCGAGGACUUGUCUUCCGUGGAUCCGUGUUCUUUAUUAUUUGGGUCUUACUGACCCUCCAGCCAUGCCCCUCUGCUGACUGCCAGCCCCAGUCAUGGGCCUAAGGCCUCCCACACCGUCCCCCUCUGGGGGCUCUGGCUCGGGUUCCUUGCCCCCUUCUUCCCACCGCCAGCCUCUCAGCCGCCGCUGCUCUUCCUGCUGCUUCCCGGGGGAAUACCACUUGGGUCGCUCCAGGAGGAAGAGCGUCCCAGGGGGAAAGCAGUACAGCAUGGAGGCCGCCCCCGCUGCACCCUUCCGGCCCUCGCAAGGCUUCCUGAGCCGGAGGCUAAAAAGCUCCAUCAAACGCACGAAGUCACAACCCAAACUUGACCGGACCAGCAGUUUUCGCCAGAUCCUGCCUCGCUUCCGAAGUGCUGACCAUGACCGGGCCCGGCUGAUGCAGAGCUUUAAGGAAUCACACUCUCAUGAGUCCUUGCUGAGUCCUAGCAGUGCAGCCGAGGCCUUGGAGCUCAACUUGGAUGAAGAUUCCAUUAUCAAACCAGUGCACAGCUCCAUCCUGGGUCAGGAGUUCUGUUUUGAGGUAACAACAUCAUCAGGAACAAAAUGUUUUGCCUGUCGUUCUGCGGCCGAAAGGGACAAAUGGAUUGAGAAUCUACAGAGGGCGGUAAAACCAAACAAGGACAACAGCCGCCGGGUGGACAAUGUGUUGAAGCUGUGGAUCAUAGAGGCCCGGGAGUUGCCGCCCAAGAAGCGGUACUACUGUGAGCUCUGCCUGGAUGACAUGCUGUAUGCACGUACCACCUCCAAGCCCCGCUCGGCCUCAGGGGACACCGUCUUCUGGGGCGAGCACUUCGAGUUUAACAACCUGCCAGCUGUCCGUGCCCUGCGGCUACAUCUGUACCGUGACUCAGACAAAAAGCGCAAGAAGGACAAGGCAGGCUACGUCGGCCUGGUGACUGUGCCUGUGGCCACCCUGGCUGGGCGCCACUUCACAGAGCAGUGGUACCCUGUGACCCUGCCGACAGGCAGCGGGGGUUCUGGGGGAAUGGGGGGCUCAGGAGGGGGAGGGGGCUCAGGGGGCGGUUCAGGGGGCAAAGGCAAAGGAGGUUGCCCAGCUGUGCGGCUGAAAGCACGUUACCAGACAAUGAGCAUCCUGCCCAUGGAGCUGUAUAAGGAGUUUGCAGAGUAUGUCACCAACCAUUAUCGGAUGCUCUGUGCAGUACUGGAGCCCGCCCUGAAUGUCAAAGGCAAGGAGGAGGUAGCCAGUGCACUGGUUCACAUCUUGCAGAGUACAGGCAAGGCCAAGGACUUCCUUUCAGACAUGGCCAUGUCGGAGGUGGACCGGUUCAUGGAACGAGAGCAUCUCAUAUUCCGCGAGAACACGCUCGCCACUAAAGCCAUAGAAGAGUACAUGAGACUGAUUGGUCAGAAAUACCUCAAGGAUGCCAUUGGGGAAUUUAUCCGUGCUCUGUAUGAGUCCGAGGAGAACUGUGAGGUGGACCCCAUCAAGUGCACGGCGUCCAGUCUGGCAGAGCACCAGGCCAACCUGCGAAUGUGCUGUGAGUUGGCCCUGUGCAAGGUGGUCAACUCCCAUUGCGUGUUCCCGAGGGAGCUGAAGGAGGUGUUUGCUUCUUGGCGAUUGCGCUGCGCAGAGCGGGGUCGGGAAGACAUUGCUGACAGGCUGAUCAGCGCCUCACUCUUCCUGCGCUUCCUCUGCCCAGCCAUCAUGUCGCCCAGUCUCUUUGGGCUCAUGCAGGAGUACCCAGAUGAGCAGACCUCACGAACCCUUACCCUCAUCGCCAAGGUCAUCCAGAACUUGGCCAACUUUUCCAAGUUUACCUCAAAGGAGGACUUUCUAGGAUUCAUGAAUGAGUUUCUGGAGCUGGAGUGGGGUUCCAUGCAGCAGUUCCUGUAUGAGAUCUCCAACCUAGACACUCUGACCAAUAGCAGUAGCUUUGAGGGUUACAUCGACUUGGGCCGCGAGCUCUCCACACUUCAUGCCCUGCUCUGGGAGGUGCUGCCCCAGCUCAGCAAGGAAGCCCUCCUGAAGCUGGGCCCACUGCCCCGGCUCCUCAACGACAUCAGCACAGCUCUGAGGAACCCCAAUAUCCAAAGGCAGCCAAGCCGCCAGAGUGACCGACCCCGGCCUCAGCCUGUGGUGCUUCGGGGCCCGUCGGCUGAGAUGCAGGGCUACAUGAUGCGGGAUCUCAACAGCUCCAUCGACCUUCAGUCCUUCAUGGCGCGAGGCCUCAACAGCUCUAUGGACAUGGCUCGCCUCCCCUCCCCAACCAAGGAAAAGCCGCCCCCACCACCCCCUGGUGGGGGAAAAGAUCUGUUCUAUGUAAGCCGUCCACCCCUGGCCCGUUCCUCGCCAGCAUACUGCACGAGUAGCUCAGACAUUACAGAGCCGGAGCAGAAGAUGCUGAGUGUCAACAAGAGUGUCUCCAUGCUGGAUUUGCAGGGUGAUGGGCCCAGUGGCCGCCUCAACAGCAGUAGUGUAUCCAAUCUGGCCGCUGUCGGGGACCUGCUGCACUCGAGUCAGGCCUCCCUGACAGCCGCCUUGGGGCUGCGGCCUGCACCUGCUGGACGCCUCUCCCAGGGGAGUGGCUCGUCCAUCACAGCGGCUGGCAUGCGCCUCAGCCAGAUGGGUGUUACCACGGACGGUGUCCCCGCCCAGCAACUGCGCAUCCCCCUCUCCUUCCAGAACCCUCUCUUCCACAUGGCUGCUGAUGGGCCAGGUCCCCCAGGGGGCCACGGAGGGGGUGGUGGCCAUGGCCCACCCUCCUCCCAUCACCACCAUCACCACCAUCACCACCACCGAGGUGGAGAACCCCCAGGGGACACCUUCGCCCCAUUCCAUGGCUAUAGCAAGAGCGAGGACCUCUCCUCAGGGGUCCCCAAGCCCCCUGCCGCUUCCAUCCUUCAUAGUCACAGCUACAGUGAUGAGUUUGGACCCUCUGGUACUGACUUCACUCGUCGGCAGCUCUCACUCCAGGACAACCUGCAGCACAUGCUGUCCCCUCCCCAGAUUACCAUUGGUCCCCAGAGGCCUGCUCCCUCAGGGCCUGGAGGUGGGAGCGGCGGAGGGGUCAGUGGCGGGGGUCAGCCGCCUCCAUUGCAGAGGGGCAAGUCGCAGCAGUUGACAGUCAGCGCUGCCCAGAAACCCCGGCCAUCCAGCGGAAAUCUGUUGCAGUCGCCGGAGCCAAGUUACGGCCCUGCCCGUCCACGGCAACAGAGCCUCAGCAAGGAGGGCAGCAUUGGGGGCAGCGGGGGCAGCGGAGGGGGUGGGGGGCUCAAGCCCUCCAUCACCAAGCAGCACUCUCAGACACCAUCCACACUGAACCCCACAAUGCCAGCCUCUGAGCGGACAGUGGCCUGGGUCUCCAAUAUGCCUCACCUGUCGGCUGACAUCGAAAGUGCCCAUAUUGAGCGGGAAGAGUACAAGCUCAAGGAGUACUCUAAGUCGAUGGAUGAGAGCCGGCUGGACAGGGUGAAGGAGUACGAGGAGGAGAUCCACUCACUGAAGGAGCGGCUGCACAUGUCCAACCGGAAGCUGGAAGAGUAUGAGCGGAGGCUGCUCUCCCAGGAAGAACAGACCAGCAAAAUCCUGAUGCAGUACCAGGCCCGACUGGAGCAGAGCGAGAAGAGGCUAAGGCAGCAGCAGGUGGAGAAGGAUUCGCAGAUCAAGAGCAUCAUUGGCAGGCUGAUGCUGGUGGAGGAGGAGCUGCGCCGGGACCACCCCACCAUGGCUGAGCCGCUACCCGAACCCAAGAAGAGGCUGCUCGACGCUCAGGAGAGGCAGCUUCCCCCCUUGGGUCCAACAAACCCGCGUGUGACGCUGGCCCCACCUUGGAACGGCCUGGCCCCCCCAGCCCCACCCCCCCCACCCAGGCUGCAGAUCACCGAGAACGGCGAGUUCCGAAACACCGCGGACCACUAGCCCACCCAGCACCACAGACCUCCCUGCCCAUGCACCCCACCCUGGAACAGCACCAACCACCAGGACUGGACGACGCUGAAGGACAGCGGGAUUGCCUCCCUGAAUGCCUCCUUGGGGGCACCAGUCCCCCGCCCCACCGCACCAUUUCCAGGAGGGAAAGCGCGAAACUUUAGCUGCUCUUCUUUCCUUUCUGUUGGGGUGCUUCCCCCUGUGACCCCCAGGGACCCUUACCCCAGGACACCACCUACCCCACACUGACCCCUUCACUCCGGGGUGCUAUCCCCAUCCUCUGCCUCAUCGUUCCCCUGAGCACUGGGGGACAGACCCUCACACCCACCCUGGGGGUGUGGCACCUCCAAACUUUCAACUUCAGGGUGAUUUUUUAGCAGUAACCAGAGCUGACAAUCUAACUUCCCUCCACUACCCCAUUUUGGCCUCCCCUGUCCCCCUUGUUAUGGGGAGGGGACCCCAGGUGAGGGGACCCUAUUACCCCUUGAUUUCUCAGGAGCGUCUGGGGGGGCUCAGCACGCACAAACUCCUUCUCCUACCACUCUUAAAUUUAUUCCCUCCCUACCCAGAACCCAGAUGGGGUGGUGGGGCCACCGGGGCAGGGUGGGGGCGGCAAGGGGGGAAAUGGGAGUUGUCUCCCUUUCCUCCCACACCUGAUCUGCUCUUGGCUGGUCCCAGAGCGGGGUGAGGGGGCUGAUGCCCCCCCCUCCCCCAGUGUGUUGGGUGGGGUGGAAUUGAGGUUAGGUAAGGGGUUAGGGUUUAAGGAGGGUGUGUAUGUUGGGGAGGACAGAAUAUCUGAUCUGCCCUACCAUGACACACACUGUCCCCCUGUGCCCCUCCCCUCUCUCUUCUUGGCCUCUACUCCCAGGGGGAGGGGGGAAACUUACUCUAGGAAAAGCCAUGUCCCUCUCCCCCAGGAUGGGGGACCUGUGUGGAAGAGGGGUGCUGGGGGCCCCUUUCCAUGACUCUGUCCCCUAGGGGAGGUAGGACAGGGCUGGGCUACCCUCUCAUCCUCCCCACCCCCAAUCUCCCUCCACCUCUCUCCCUCCCGCCAGCUCCACAAUUUUUCGGUGUUUCUCUGUACAUAGCUCUCUGGCGGGAUAGGGGAGGUAGGAUGGAUGGGGUUUGGGGUGGGUAGGUCCAGGGAGGGGAGAAUCCCCUCCUUGACACCCCCUCUUCCUUGACUGCUGCCCCCUACCCAGCCUUGCCCCCUCAUCCCUUCAUGCGUUUCAGACUCUUCGCAGACUCCACCCUUCUUUGUUUUGUAUGGACACUAUCCCUUCAGUCUCCUCCUAACUACAUACACCCAGCUGGGGCCAAAUUUAUACUUAUAUAAAAGUUGUAAAUAUGUGAAAUUUUAUCCCUGUGCCCUUUCCUUGCUUUCCCAGCCUCAGACCCCACCUGGGACCCCCUUUCCUCCUCUCUUAUUUGGCUGUUGUAAUUAUUGGGGUUUGUACUGUACAUAUCUGGGGUGUGUGUGUGGGGGCUGGGGGCAACCCCUGUGUACAGAGCUUCCUGGGCCCCUCCCCCAUGCUCCCCUCCCCACCCACCACCCUAAGGGCAGGGAGAUGCUCUUCCUACUCGUUUUAUUUUUCUCUGGUUCUCCUUCCCUAUCCAAACCCACUCCCAGCCUUCUUUACCCCCACCACUGCCUCUUUUUCUCCACUCCCAGCCCCAUUUCCUUUUUUUCUGGAGUGUGUGGUGAAACAGAAAAAUCAUGUUUAAUAAACGGAGAUUGUUCUUUUAUCGUUA